ACCAGGCUCUCUGCCUUCCUGCAGCCCUGUUUUCUGGGCUGAGAAGUUCCUGACAGACUCGGGAAACCCUCCACGGGACGGGACAGGAUGGUCCCUGGUUUGAGUAUCCAGAAGGCCAGCCUUCCUAAAUUCCUAGAACCAGGUGCCAUUUCCUGGGCCGCCCCUAAAGAGGGACCCCUGAGCAAGGGCCAGCAUUUCCCUGGCAGCAGCUCGCCCGGGCCCCAGAAUUCCACCCCCCAGCCCCUAGGGCUCCCGCCUGGCCCCCCCAUUGGAGUUGGAUCAGGUCAGGUUAGGCGGUGAGAGGUCAGCUUCCCACCCCCCGGAGGAGAUGGAGGCUGAAGCGGGGAACUGCCCGGUGCACCGCCCCCAAAGCUUGAGGGGGGUGGCAUGGAGGAGGGCCAUGUUCUCCUCGUGACGGUCCGCCCUGGCCUUGGAGGAGGGGGCGGGGGUUGGAGCCCUAUAACUGGGAGAGGCCCCUGAGCCAGGGUCCUACUCGCCCAGGAGAGGACCUCCGAGCAGCACUGAGGGAGCCCCACUGAGCAAGCCAGGACCAAGGCCCAUCGCCAGCCAGCCGCGCUCUGAAGAUGAAGCUCCUGUGGGCCUUGUGGGCCCUGGCCCUCCUGACGGGCUGCCAGGGGGAGGAGGCCAAGGUCUCUCUGGAGGAGCAGGAUGCAGGCCCAGAGCCCUGGGACUCAGAACCAGCCCGGGCCUGGGAGGCAGCCAUGGGCCGAUUCCGAAGCUACCUGGACCAGCUGCAAGCCCGGGCCGAGGAUCUGCAGAGUGAGGUGCAGAGCUCCCAGAUCGUGAAGGACCUGAGGGGCCUCAUGACGGACACCAUGACCGAGCUGAACGCCUACAAGGCCGAGAUGGACCAGGAGCUGAACCCCGCGGCCGAGGAGACCCGCGCCCGGCUGGCCAAGGAGCUGGCGGCCGCCCAGGCCCGCCUGGGCGCCGACAUGGAGGACGUGGGGGCCCGGCUGUCCCAGUACCACCGCGAGUUCCACGCCGUGGUCAACCACAACAUAGACGAGGUCCGGAACCGCGUGUCCGCCUACCUGCGGAAAAUGAGGAAGCGGAUCGGCCGUGACUACGAGGAGCUGCAGAGCCGCCUGGCCACCUACCAGGCCGGGGCCCGGGAAGGCGUGGAGCGGGGGCUCGGCUCCCUGCGCGGCCUGGUGCCCCUGCUCGAGCGGGCGCAGCAGCAGAGCAAGCGGAGGAUGGCCAGCCUGGGCGCCGCGGCCGGGGAGCGGCUGCAGGGCCACCUGGACCAGGUGCGCAGCCAGAUCGAGGAGGCCAAGGCCAAGGUGGAGGAGCAGACGGCCCUGCUCGAGGCCCAGCUGCAGGGCUUUCACGACCGCCUCAAGGCCUGGUUCGAGCCCCUGGCCAGCGACCUGCAGCGCCAGUGGGCGGCGCUGGUGGAGAAGGUGCAGGAGGCCGUGAAGCCCGGCGCGCAGCUGCCAGAGACCCCGGCGGGGGCCCGCUGAAGGGACCCUCUGCCCCCCCAGAACCCCAGCUCCUGCCUCUACUACCCUCAGGAAAAUGGGGGGCCGGUGUAGACUAGGCCGACAAUAAACAGAAAGCUUGCUUGUGUACCGGC